CGUGCGCGGGGCAGGGCCAACCUGGGCGCGGCCGAGAGCUUUUAAGAGCCGGCGCCGGCGGCCUCUGCUCAGCGCGAGUCGUGGCUGCGGCUAUGGAGGCGCCCGGCGGCGAGCGGCGGCGGCGGCAGCCGCACGCGCUGCUGGCCGUGAUCGGAGAGAUCGGGACGGAGCCGGAGCGGGAGGCGCUGCGUCAAAGCCUGGAGCGCGGUCUUCGCUCAUGGGACCUUGACCUUCAAUUCUGUGACCUGAAUAAGCAGCUCAGACUCUUUGUCACGGGUCAUCUUGCACACUUUUCAUCAGAGGUCAAAGGUCAGAGGACCCUUCACCACCAGAGUGAGGACCUGGACACAGUCAUCUUAGUCAAUCCUGAUGAAUGGAGCGCAGUGUCAGAGGUCCGUUCUUUCAUAUGUGACUCUUCUGCCCACAAGCUGCUAGUCCUGUGUGGGCCGAGCUCUGACCAGGGAGGUGAUUUGAUUCUGCAGACUGGCACCUUCACCUACCAGAAACUCACCGGGAUAUUUGCAGAUCCAGAGGUUGCCCAGCUGCUCAGUAAUACUGAUCUGGCUUCUAAAACCUCCCUCACAAUAUCGUGCUUGGGAGAAGGAGAUUGGAGAAAUCUUGGCCACUCCAGUUUCGAAGACCUUUUUUGUCUGAGAGUUAAUCCUGACCCAGUCCUGCCAGAGAUGGAUGGGAUAUCUGAAUUUGCUGAAUAUGUCUCUGAGACGGUGGAUGUCCCAUCGCCCUUUGAUCUGCUGGAACCCCCAACCUCUGGGGGGUUUCUAAAGCUGUCCAAGCCCUGUUGCUACAUAUUCCCAGGAGGAAGGGGGGACUCGGCUCUCUUCGCUGUCAACGGAUUCAACAUUCUGGUUGACGGUGGCUCAGACAGGAAGUCCUGUUUCUGGAAGCUGGUCAGACAUCUGGAUAGGAUUGACUCAAUUCUGCUGACCCACAUCGGGGCUGACAAUCUCCCAGGCAUUAAUGGACUCUUGCAGAGGAAGAUCGCUGAGCAGGAAGAAGAGCAGUCACAGGGCUCCACUAACUACAGUGACUGGAUAAAGAACCUUCUGUCUCCAGAGCUCGGGGUGGUUUUCUUCAAUGUUCCUGAGAAGCUCAGAAUGCCAGAGUCCUCCAUGAAAGUCAAAAGAAGCAUCGCAGAAGCCAGCCUGACCCUCCAGUACCUCAACAGGCUAAGCAUCAAGCCAGAGCCUCUCUACAGAGUGGUCACCAAUACUGUUGAGCCAAUCACUCUGUUCCACAAAAUGGGCGGUGGGAAAUUGGACAUGUACAUCUUGAACCCCGUCAAAGAGAGCAAGGAGAUGCAGUUUCUCAUGCAAAAGUGGACUGGAAACAGUAAAGCCAAGACAGGCAUUAUCCUUAGUAAUGGGAAAGAAGGGGAGAUUUCGGUCCCCUAUCUAACAUCCAUCACGGCCCUUGUAGUGUGGCUUCCCGCAGGACCAACAGAAAAAAUUGUACGAGUUUUGUUCCCAGGAAAUGCACCCCAAAAUAAGAUUUUGGAAGGUCUUGAGAAACUCAAGCAUCUUGAUUUUCUGAAGUAUCCUGUAGCUACCCAGAAGGAUGUGGCUUCUGGCACACCCUCCUCUGUGCUUAAACAAUCCAAGAUUAAACAACGGACAGACAGUAAAGAGAGCCUCAAGCUAUCGCUUAAGCCUCCUACCACAACGGUAGUUGCUGAAGAGGGCUCUAAAGAGAUGAAGAUGGAGACAGUAAAAGAGUCUAAAACUGAGAAAAAAGGGAAAGAGCAUUCUGAAAUGCUUCAAGAGAAGCUGGUUAAAACAGAAAAAAUAAAAAUGGACUCCAGUGAUGCCCUUAAAGCUGAGAAAAGAAAACUUGCCAAAGACAAAGUUGGCAAAAAACAUCUCAAAGAGAAAGUUUCCAAACUGGAAGAAAAGAAAGACAAAGAAAAGAAAGAUGUUAAAAAGGAGAAGAGGGAGAUUAAAAAAGAUGAUGGAAAGAAAGAAGAAAGGAAAGAUUCAAGGAAAGAUGAAAAAAAGAAAGAAGCUAAACCAGAGUUGAAAAAAUUCUCUAAGCCAGACUUGAAGGCCUUUACCCCUGAAGUAAGGAAAACUUUAUACAAGGCAAAAGUUCCCAGUAGAAUAAAAACUGACAAAGUUCGUACCAAAACUGAAAAGUGCACCACUGGAGAACAGAAGUCUCCAACUGUGCCAAAGAAGCACGACCGGCCUCAAGACCCACCAAUUAUGGCUGAGGAGAGACUUGUGAUAUCUUCACCAGAGGACCUGACCAAGGAUUUUGAGGAGCUGAGCUCUGAAGAGCAAAACGAGUCUCAUCCUGCAUCCGCAGCUUUAGUAGCAGAGGCAGUCUCCACGUGUGCAGAAAGACAGGAUCCCUGCGACCUGGCUGUUGAAAAGGGGAUGCUGGUAUCCAAAGAAACCGGUAGUUCAGGAUUUCUUCCUCUGGCCAUGCCAGAGGAGGAGAUGGCUUCCCCCAAAGGUGAGGUGAUGGAAGCAGGGAAGCCAUCUGAAAAACCUGAUGAGAAAGCAGCCUUCGCAGAGCCUCUUGGGCAAGAACUGGAUGAGAACGUCAGAAGGAGCGUCAGAGAAUUUCCAGGAAAAGGGAAAGAUCGGAUACCAUCACCCAGGGAAGAAAGAAAUGCUGCUUCGGGAAGGGAUUGGGCGUCCCCGAGAGAAGACACAAGCGCGAAAGAGGAAGAUUUGUUUAAAAAGGCAGAGCUGGGAGGGACAUUAGAAGAAGAUGUAAAGACAAAAGGCCAAGAGUUGGUAAAGAAGGAGCUCUGUCGAGUCCUGCCGCCGCAAGGCCCACCUUUGCUUUCUGAUGGGAAAGGAAAAGAACACAAGGCAGAAAGAGUGAACACCAGCAAAGUACCUGGGAAGUUGCCAGGGAUAAGAGAAGGGGAGGACUCUCCUCUGGGGAGCAUCCCUUUCCCAUCAGGAGAACACAUCUCCUACAUCCAAGAUGAAACCAUCCCUGGCUACUCAGAGACAGAGCAGACCAUUUCGGAUGAGGAAAUCCAUGAUGAGCAAGAGGAGAAGAUGGCACACUUCAAGCCAGACAUUGGCAGCUAUGACACUGCAGGACCAGAUCAGACAGACACCUUUGAAACGGCUCAUGGGAUCCAGACUCUCACCGCGCCGGAAGUUGCCAAAGGGUACGCUGGACAGGAACCCGAAAUCCUUGCCUACCCUACAAACCUGGUGGCAGCCCCUUUGGCCGAAGAGGAGCAUGUCUCCUCAGCAACAUCCAUAACGGAAUGUGACAAACUUUCCUCCUUUGCCACUUCUGUUGCUGAAGACCAGUCAGUCGCAUCCAUCACAGCCCCACAGACAGAGGAAACAGGCAGAAGUUCCUUCCUGUUGGAUACAGUGAACAGCAUACCUUCCUCUCGAACAGAGGUCACCCAAGGCCUAGAUUACGUGCCUUCUGCUGGCACUAUUUCUCCCACGUCUUCCCUAGAAGAAGACAAAGGCUUUAAGUCUCCUCCUCCAGAAGACUUCCAUAGUCAAACGGAAAGCGAGAAGAAACUUGAGGCCUGCAAGAAAGUUUUACAGCAGCAGCAGCAGCAGCAGCAGCAAGAAAUUCCACACUUUGAGAGGCCUUGGCAAGCAGAAGAACAUUACAGUGCCCUAGUGUUUGCACAGCCAGGGCCCCUGGGAGAUAGUUCAAGUGAAAGAUCCAUGGAAGGACCUCAGAAAACCACCCUGCUUUUGAGUGAAGCAAAUGUACACUUGCUGCAGGUACAACAAGGCAUAGGUGAUGCUGAAGAUCGCUGCAUAAGCCCUGAUGACAGCACAGUCAAGAUGGCAUCUCCCACCCAAUCAGGCCCCACUAGUGCAGGGCACACACCUUUUCAUCAAUCCCCUAUAGAGGAAAAAUUGGACACUGCAGAGGCAGAGAUGUUUGAAACGGCAGCAAAGUCUCCUGUAAUGGGGAUUGAAAUAGAAGGACCCAACAGAGCGAUGAAUGUAUCCAGAACAUUUGAAGGUGAGGGGGAGCGUCAUGAAAUCAAAAAGACAUGCCUUCAUGACGUGCCUGGCCUGGAAGCCACAGCCAUCCCGCAUGCAGGAUUUUUAUCUGCACCGGAUGAAGACAGGAUCCAGCAUUUGGAGAAAGAGGAGCUAGCAAUAAGCUUCUACCACAAGCAAGAAACUAUUGAUAUUUCUGACCUGGAUCUUCCCGCUAAAGAUAACCUUCUAGAGAACGUAAAAGAUGCUUUAUCUAAGAAUGUCGACACUGCUGAGGAAGCAUCCCAUAAACAUGUCGUUAGGUCUGGGGCUGAGGAGUUCUCUGCUUCAGAAAUACCUCCGCCAAAAGGAUGGGAAGCAAUUUCAGACAUAUCUAGAGAUGAAAAAUCUUCACAAAUCAUUAAUUUACCGGGAGAAGAAAAGGCAUCUUCUUUUACUGAUGAAAUUCCUGGGAAGACAUCGUGGUCUGAUAAUUUCAUCACUGAAAUAUCUCAAGAGAGUUUGCAUUUGACAGAAACUGGCUUAGAGCAAAAAGAGUCUGCUUCUCCAGAAGAUAAUAAGCUUGUUCUGAGUCUUCAUGAAGAAACCUCUUCGUAUAUAUUCAAAGAAGAACUUUCUCCAAGAGAUACUAUACUUCUGCUUACAAAAGAGAGCCCUGUUAAAGAGGCAUCAUUGGGCAUGCUUGUGGAACAAUUGUCUCCUAAAGCUAAGCACCAAGCUUCUCCAGAAGAGAGCCCAAGUACAGAUGAAAGAUCAGAAACUGAUGUCAAAGAGGAUCCAUGCAAUUCCUCUUUAAACUUUCAGCAACAUCCAUUUCUAGAUGCCACAAUAACAAAGGCUUCAGCAGACCCUUUUCUGGAAAAUGAAAGAUCAGCUUCCUUAGCAGAAAAACAAACUCACAAGGAAUUACCUCCCAAACAAACAUCUCCAGACCCAAAGUCUUCAGGCUUCACAUCAGAGAGCCCAGUUUUAGAUAACAACGUCUUGGAAUUUUCAUCUGAAGAGAAAGAACCUUGUCAAUUUCUGGGAAAGAAAGAGAAAACAAAUGAACUAUCUCCAAAAAUAGAAAAUUCUUAUCUGAGAGAAAUAAAUGAUGAGAAAAAAGUGUGGUUUCCAGAGGGAAUGAAGGAAGUACCAUGCAAAGAACCGCAACUGAAAUAUGACAAAGAAAAGGGAGAGUCUACAUUUUUGGAUGAUGAGGUAGACAUACCUGCUAAGAAGGAAGAAAACAUCCACUUCAUGGAGAUUAAAGAUAUUCCCAAACAGGGUGGUUUGGAUUCUGAACAUGGCUCCAUUCAGGAAGCCGUUGCUGAUGAGAAGGACGGCUUUUUAUUUGUUGAUGACAAGUCUGUGUUGAAAGAAAAGCCAGCUCCCCAAGCAGAUCCUCAUCAAAGUGUUUUGAAUUCAGAGAAAGCUGAACUUUGUAGCUUUGAAAAUAGUCACUCUUUUGAACUUGAAAGUGAGCCAAAAUCAAGUCUGGAAUGGGCUUUUGUGUCCUUUCCACCCCAGGCCACGAAGCCCACUUCAGUGGAAGGAAAGGAAGAACCUCUCCCUGAAUCUAAUCAAGUAAUGGAGAAAGUGACCCCACAACCGUCUUUUGACCCCAGGAGUGAAGCUGUGGAGACCCAGGAGGGAAACCAAAAUGCUGAUGAGAAAUCAUCUGAGCAUCUUUAUGAUCACCCAGAUGGAAAUGGAAAGCAGCCAAGAACUUCUGCAGCUCUUCUGAGCGCAGAUGCGGAGUCACAGGAGAAUAGACAGUUUUAUCCUGACCAAGAUGGCGGAGGAAGCAGGGACCUUGACAUCCCUUCACAAGAUGCACAUUCUUUUGGCCAAAGCAAGUGCUCUGAGUGGCCAGGCACUCUGGACCCCUCCGGUCCUUUGGAGUCACACGAUUCCAAAGCGAAGUUGGGUGAGAAAAGGCAAGACAAUGAAGAGAGGGAACGAACUCCCUACCCUCAUGAAAAAACUUUCCAGUAUGCUGAUGUUUAUGGGAGUGUGGCGAUGUCUGAUGUUGGCCACCCUGGAAAGGAUGCUGUGGCCAAGAGUACUCAAGCACUGAGACCUCAGGAGGAAUUCCUCUACCCCAUUUCCUCCAAAGAAGAAGAUUCUUACCUCUCCACUCCUACUGAGAAAGAACUCUCAUCCCCAUGUUCGCCAAAGGUUACGAUGGGGCAUUCCUUUCAAUAUGCGGAGGUUAUUGAGCAGUGUUUGCAGGAUCCAUGUUCCAUGACAUCCACAGACACACAAUCUAAAGAAAGCCCACCAGAAAGCCCAAUGAGCCUCCAGCCUGCCUCCUCUUUGGGAGAUACGACCUUCAGGGACAUGUUUAAUCAGAAAGAUCUCAUCAUUCCCUCUGAAACGAUGAGCCCUUCAGAUAGAAAACUCAGCCAGGACCAGGAGUCUCCUUCUUCAGCAGGUUUCCAUCCCAAGGACAUUUAUUACGAGAAAGCUGAAAGAGAAGACAGUGCUAGUGACUCCGAGCUAGAGAAAGGUGCCAAGGAGAGGUCAGAAAAAGCACCAGAGUAUUCAACAGUGAAGCGAAAGGAACUCUGUACUGUCUCAGAGAAGGAGAACAUCUCUGUCCCAGGGCAAGAGGUCUAUGAUGGGUCAUUGGGAGAGAAAACAGCCAGUGACAGCUUCGCAGAUCCCAGCAGACAGGAAGGGGGCUCAAAUGUGCCCCAGGUGGAAAAGCAAAAGGACCUCUCGGAAAAAGCCUGUGAUGAUGUUGACCCCAAAAGCUUUUUACCUGCAGCCUCUGCUAAAGACAAGGACUCCCCAAAGGGACCCGUCCUCCUGCCUAAAGGGCUUGAUUGUUCUUCCUCCGGAUUUGAACUUUCUUGCCUGGAAAAGCAUGAGCCAUCCAUUUUGUUCAGACACGAAGCCCAUUUCUCCUCACACUUGGAGCAUAAAUCUCUCACCUCAAGCACACCUGAACCUGCAAGAAAGGGUCAAGAAGAUGAAUACUUAGAGGUAUCCAAAAAAGGGGAUUCCCCCUUUGUAGAGCUAUAUGAAGAAGAAGAAGGAAAGCUCCCUUUGUGGACAUCCCCAGAUUAUCUGAUCCACAAGGGGUCAUCCAGCCUCCCUGAGGAAACUUUCUCGGGGACCUCUCUCUCUGCGGGGCACCCAACAGGCAGCAGCCCCCUCCCUAGCCUCCAGUACAUCUCAGGGGCCAGGGCUGCAGAGACGGGGGCUCAGAGCCCACACAGCCUCUCUCAGUUGCUUUCAGAAGAGGCCGCUUCGGAUGCUGUAGAGGAUGUAGCCUCUGCCGGCACAAAGGCCGUGCAGCCCUCGGAAUCCACUUGCACAGUCGGCUGUUGGCCACAGCCAGCAAGCCCUCAAGAACGGCCAGCAGCAACCUCUCCCCUCCCUAAUGUCCUGGCUGGUUCUCCUCGUGGUCAGCAAGAGGCAGGAGCCACAGCUAAUGGCCCCACAGAAGUCAAUCCACUCACUUUUUAUGAUUCAUCAUCCCCCACUUCAGAACAAUCCAGGCGGGCGGGGGAGGAGCAGGAGGCGGUUUGUGAAAGGCAGAGCCGUCCCCUGUCCCUGGUGAGCCCUUCCCAAGAGGACUUCCCAAGUACACGGCUGAGCAGCCAAACGGAGGAGCACGGUGGCCCUUGCCAAGCAGUGGAGCCGUGCUUCACAGCCAUAUCUCACUGUGGGCAGAAAUCGUACGAGCGUAAGCCAAGAAAGGGUGAAUUAUCUCCAUCAUUCAUCAAUCCAAGUCCUCACGAUUCAUCAGAAGACAGUGAAUUUUCACAGGUCAAAGGCCCCGUUUCACUCAAAGGAAAGCCACAUUCGGUUCCUGGUGGCCACAGAGCAGCUACUUCUGCUGUGGAGGAAACUCCUCCCACCUCUGCCAGUGAUUCAGGGACUUCUCAGUCCGACUCAGAUGUUCCUCCAGAAACGGAGGAAUGUCCCUCAAUUACAGCAGAGGCAGCCCUAGACUCGGAUGAAGAUACCGAUUAUCUCCCAGUCGACAAAGCUGCAGGCAGUUCCCAGCAUGGCACAAAGUCUGGCCAUGACCCCCAGCCUGCUUCCUCGGUAGACCCUCAGCCUCAGCCUCCUCACCCAGAUGUCUGCAUGAUGGAUCCUGAAAUCCUGCUUAUUGAGCAGAACGUGAACAGACUUGACAAGGUGCCCAAGAAGGGCCUGAAGGAUAAAAACAAAGCAUCAAAGAAGCUUCUGGGCAAGUCCAAGUCCUCUUCCUCCUCAUACCAGAAAGCGGAUAAGCACUUACUUAGUCCCAUGAAACAACCAUCGGACAGGUCUUCAAAGCCAGCAAUGGCCAGGAAAGAGAAACUGCUCAAGCCCCCCACGGAAGACCGAGAGGACGGUUCUCGAAGCACCCACACCAGCCCUGGCAAGAACCUCCUCAAUGUUGUCAAAACCGGCCCAGUCUCCAGCAGCCCCAAAAGCUCCUCCACCCCACCUGGAACGCCCGUCUACGUGGACUUGGCUUACGUCCCCAACCACUGCAGCGGGAAAAAUACAGACCAGGAGUUCUUCAGGAGAGUCCGAGCUUCUUACUAUGUUGUCAGUGGGAACGACCCCAGUAGUGGGGAGCCCAGCCGUGCCGUCCUGGAUGCCUUGUUGGCGGGAAAAGCCCAGUGGGGGGAGAACCUGCAGGUAACCCUAAUCCCAACACACGACACAGAGGUGACGCGAGAAUGGUACCAGCAGACGCACGAGAAGCAGCAGGAGCUGAAGAUCAUGGUCUUGGCCAGCAGCAGCACCGUCGUGAUGCAGGACGAGUCUUUCCCUGCCUGCAAGAUCGAGUUCUGAGGUCUGAGCUUCUCCUCCUCUCCUUCACCGCCCACGCAGCACUCGGAAGACCCAUCUGCUCCCCACCGCUUGAUUUGUUUGCCUUUCCCGAGUGUCAGCUGAACUCACCAGGAGCAGUACUCCGUCUGUAUGGUUCUUGCUUGCCGGAGCCCCCAAAACCUGUCCCACACGCCUCGACGUGUGCAGAGUGGCCCCACCACUUGCUUGCUCUCCCUGGAAUCGCUACCAAGGAGUUUGGUUCUCUUGAUUUGCUUUGUCUGCACUGUUUUUGCCCUGUUCCUUCUCAUCCCGUGGCUGAGCUCCCUCCUGCUGGAUUUCUGGAUUCGGCUCUUGGGCAACCCUUGGAGAUUACACUAGAAGAGGACGGGGACCUGAUGGAGAAGAGGAGGCUCAACCUCUAGAACAAGCCAAGCAAGGAGGUGGCCACAAGGCUCUACUUUCUGGGGAAGCUGCACAGAAGAGAAUGCCUCCAGAGAGCAGACAUCAAGUGGCAAAUGCUACUUCUUUGGCACCCUUCAGAGAGAUGGCACAACCCACCUUCCCCUCGGUGGCACAAUAAUUUGACUGGGGGGAGAUUCCUGUGGUGAUCCUGUGACCAGGCUGCCCUUUUGCCCUUGUCCAAGGGUCGGAGGCUGGGAUGGCUCUGCCACUCUGCCCACAGCUCUCAUCUUCUCAAAGGCCCAGCUGAAAGCAAAACCUUUCACUUUCUGUGCUAUGAUCUGGAUCAGCACAUCCAUGCAAAGCUGUCUGUGCCCGGGAUGGGUUGGCGGUCGUGGCAGCAGGCAUUGGGAGCUGCCUGGUGCAAUUCUGGGCAGGUUGUAAGAAAGCAUCUCUUUGUUCUCUGCAGGAAUAGAUCGGCUUGGAAGAACCAGAUGUCCUGGCACCCUUCAAAGGAGAGAGCAGAUCAGGAGAAAUAGAGCAAUGUUAUUUUUUUCUGGUUAUUGUUUAAUUUAUUGGGUUUUUUUAAAUGCUGUAUACUUUUUCCAUGUACAGGUAUAGUUGUUUUGCAUUUGUGUUUUAAAACGUUUUGACUUUUAUUGUAGGCUCAACUCCCAGGUCACAGGGUACUCAAGUUUCUACCGGUAAAUGCUGCAAACUGACAGAGGAUGAAGAAUUGUCUCUUUCCCCAUCACCUUGGUAACACACAUUUGAAUCCUUCACUCUGCAGGGACCCAGGUCAGCCUUGGGACACCUGGUCCUGGAUGAGGGGAAAUGCAUGCCAACCUUUGUGGCUCUCGUGGCUUGAAUUGCUGCUCUUCUGACUGGUGUUUAGCUGGCAGACCAAGUGUACGUCUGUAGUUAGACAAGUGAAUGUACUGACCCACUUAUGAACGUGUCUUAGAAGCUGAAGCUAAUGGGGGGGGAGGAAGGGGGGAAGCAGGGAGACCAAGAACUUUUCCUUCCUCUUAGUGGUACAAGGACUCUGACCCAUCUGUUGUUCCUCCUCUUCCUCCUCACACAGCCGUGCCUCAGAGCCACUCCAAUAUUUUGUAGUUUUGGAGCAAGCUUCAGCAGGCUCCCCUUUCCCAUUUUAUGGCAAAAUGUAUAAAAAUCGUUGCUCAUCUUUAGCCAUGAGAACCAAUUUGGCUUUUGGCAACCGAUGGAGAAAAACACUGCUUCUGCUGUUCCUGCAUGUGGCAGUUAGUAGUACCCGACUACUCCUGUUCCUACGACUUACUUGGCCUCCUGGCAAAGAAAGCGAAGGGCCCCUUUUGCUGAGUGGGGUGGAAGUCUCACCUGAACAGCACAGUUCUCCCUUCUGCUCCCCCUCCGACGUCUCGCCCGCCUUCAUUUCUGUGUGCAAUACACUGUAAUGCUAAUAACCGCAAAGGAAUGGGUCUGCGCUGACCAAUAAAGCAACAUUAACCACAUGA